AUAUUUCAUUCCACUAAAAGGAAUUUUCUUUUAUUUCUUUUUGACUUUUAUGAUUACCACAUAACUCUUCCCCCUCCCCACCCCCUAAUCCCAACAAUUCCAUUCAUCCCACGGGAGGAUUGGAAGAGGGAGGAGGGUGUUAGACCUUUUAAUUCCAUUUCUUUUUUAAUACAUCAUUAAUUAAUAAUUAAUAUUAUUACUAGACGUACGUGCGUGCAUUGCAUAUCUGCAUGGUCACGUGAAUUUUAAAACCAUAAUAAUUAAACAAAUAUGAGCGCGGAGGAAGGAGAGGAGGAGGACGCGAGGAAGUCGUCGGCCUGCGGGCUGCUGGUGCUGUACAACAGCGUGUUCCACCGCAGCGGCCGGCGGAACGAGCGGCAGCCUUCGACACCGACGUCGUCGUCUUCUGCAGGGAGUCCGAAGCUCACGCUGUCGAAUUCCAAGCGCCGCCGCCCGGGCUCCGACGAGGCCUCCCUCCUUGCCUCUUCGGCCGUCGCCUCACACGCGUCUCUACCGCACCACCACAAGCCCGAUGCUGUCCCAGCACCCGCUUAUCACAAAGCCGCUGCCAUGCAGAAGGAAGCCGGCCGCAACGGCGGUGCGCGGGCCACGACGCGCUGCGGCAGCAUCGUCGCGGCGGAGCUCGACAGCAUGAUCCACGACCACCAGCGCACCAGGGGGAGCGGCGCCCUCGUCCGGGCCUCUUCGGGCAAUGUCAUGCUCUUUGGCAAUCUCGGCAACAUCCGCGCGCCCGGCGCCGUCACCGCCAGCCACAACGUGCUCGACAACUUGCCGAAGACGGCGAAGGAGGCGUCCGACGGAAAGCAGCAAGAUAGUGAAGCCGAGGCGGCGGCGGCGGCGGCGGCCCCUGCGGAGGUGCUCUGCAGAGCCCUGUCGCGGAGGCUGGACCCCGAGGAGCUGAAGGAGAUGGGCAAUGAGGAGUACAAGAACGGGAGGUUCGCAGAGGCGGUGGCGCUCUACGACCGCGCGAUAUUGAUCGACCCGGGUAAGGCGCCGUACUGGAGCAACAAAGCUGCCGCGCUCAUGGGCAUGGGCCGGCUCCUCGAGGCCGUGGCCGAGUGCAAAGAAGCCGUUAGAAUCGAUCCGGCUUACGGGCGGGCGCAUCUGCGGUUAGGAACACUCUAUCUCAGGCUGGGGGAAGCUGAGAAGGCAAUUCAUCACUACAAACUAGCAAAAGGUGACGCGAGCUCUCGCGAUGUCACCCAAGCGCAGGCUCUCCAAAUGCACCUUUUCAAGUGCGACGACGCACGGAAGCGUAAAGACUGGCAUGGCCUGCUGCAGGAAUCACAGUCUGCUGUAUCUGCUGGCGCUGAUUCAUCCCCACAGCUUUUUGCGUACCAAGAAGAAGCCCUCCUAGCUCUCCGUAGGCAAGAAGAAGCUGAAGCGACAUUAAGAAAUGCUCCAAAGUUUGACGUCGACGCAUCUACGAAAUUCUUCGGCGGACCUAGCAACGCAUAUUUCCUCGCUGUUCGUGCUCAGGUCGACAUGGCGGCCGGCAGGUUUGAAGAGGCACUGAAUAUAUCUCAAAGGGCCGCUCGGAUUGACCCGGGCAGCAGGGAGGUGAGUGCUGUGGCCCGAAAGGCUCGAUUAGCGGCACAGGCGAGAUCGAAAGGUAACGACCUCUUCAAAGCAUCAAAGUAUUGGGAGGCAUGUAUUGCAUACGAGGAAGGGCUCGGCCAUGAUCCUCACAAUGCCAUCUUACUUUGCAAUCGAGCUGCUGCCCGGUCGAAGCUCUGCCAGUGGGAGAAGGCCGUUGAUGACUGCACCGUUGCUUUGAAAAUGCGCCCGUCCUACACUAAAGCUCGCUUAAGGAGAGCCGAUUGCAAUGCUAAGUUGGAGCGGUGGGAAGCGUCGAUACAAGACUACGAAGUAUUGAUGCAUGAGAUGCCGGGAGAUGAGGAGGUGAGCAAGGCACUCUCAGACGCUCGGCUCCAACUUGAGAAGCAGCGAGAUCGCAGCAAUAAUUUUAUAACCAUAACUUCGAAAGAUCAAUUCAAGCAAUUUAUUGCGACGUCAAGGCUUUCGGUUGCGCUCUUAUUUAACAAAUCAAGAGAUGUUUCAAUUCAAACAGUCUCGCUUGUGGAGCAACUAAGCAAACGAUACGCCACUGUGAAUUUCCUGAAGGUGGAUCUGGAAAGAGACCCCAAAUUAGCAGAGUGUGAGAGCUCUCUACCAGUCAUCAAAUUUUACAAGAGCGGAACCUGCAUCGAGAGCAUUUCAGCAUCAGACCAUGACGAGCUAGAGAGCUCCCUCAAAAUUCUCAGUAAAUAGAAGAUGGAAGAACAGAAACAGAAUACAGAUUGAAAGAGUUCAGCAUUGCGCUCUCUCAGGCAUCAGACCAUGUAAAAAUAAAACUAGAGACCUCUCUGUUCAGGAUUAAUCAAGUAACUAAGAAAUGAAAAGAGGUGGGGAAACAAUUCCCAUGUAAAGAAGGUUAAGGGAACAAGAUUGGGAGCUGGAACAUCAUUUGGAAGGUGAAAGGCAACCAUUGCACAGAGAUGUGAUGUACUGCUGCCUCUUGCUAAUCACCAGAUUUCAUGUUUUGAAAAGAACUAAUAAUGGUGACUGAUCAGGUUGAGAAAAGCAGCUCCAUUUUGUCCUAAAAUCCAAAAUGUCCUAGAUUGUUGGUCUUUUUAUUUUGUUGACACUCACAAAGAUAUGCAUAGGCAUAUUCUUUGCAAAAUUGUGAGGGCUACAAUUUUUUUUC